UUUCUAGGUUCCUUGCACGCCUCACCCAGCUCCGGUCUUGGGAGAAUGGGCGCGCCUAGUCCGGGUGCGAGCUUUGAAGGGACUGGCCCCUCCUCCUGCUGCAACCCCACCCACCGGGCCCCUCUUCUUGGUCUGCGGAGCACAGUGCUCUGUCACAGAGCUCCCCCGCACCUGUCUCGCCAGCUGCUUCUUCGCCCCUCCCUUCCAACCACCGCUCGCAAGUCCUAGGCUCUAGGGCAGCGCCGGCCGCGCGCUGAGGGCAUGCGCUCUAUGAAGGCUCUGCAGAAUGCGCUGUGCCGGACCGGCAGUCACUGCCGGCGGGGAGGCUGGGGUCACCUGAGCAGGAGCCCCCUCCUUGGCGGGGGCGUCCGGCACCUCCUCAGUGAGGCAGCGGCACAGGGCAGAGAGACGCCGCACAGCCACCAACCACAGCACCGGGAUCAUGAUUCAUCAGAGAGUAGCAUGCUGUCCCGCCUGGGUGACUUGCUUUUCUACACUGUUGCCGAGGGACAGGAACGGAUCCCUAUCCAUAAGUUCACUAAUGCACUGAAGGCCACUGGACUGCAGACAACAGAUCCCCGACUCCGAGACUGUAUGAGCCAGAUGCACCGGAUGGUCCAAGAAUCCAGCAGUGGUGGCCUUUUAGACAGAGAGCUCUUCCAAAAGUGUGUGAGCGGCAACAUUGUACUCCUGACCCAGGCAUUCCGAAAGAAGUUUGUGAUUCCUGAUUUUGAGGAGUUCACUGGCCAUGUGGAUCGCAUUUUUGAGGAUGCCAAAGAGCUCACUGGAGGCAAAGUGGCAGCCUACAUCCCUCAUCUGGCCAAGUCAAACCCAGACCUGUGGGGCGUCUCCUUAUGUACCGUGGAUGGUCAGCGGCACUCUGUGGGCCACACAAAGAUCCCCUUCUGCCUGCAGUCCUGUGUGAAGCCCCUCACCUAUGCCAUCUCCGUAAGCACCUUGGGCACUGACUACGUGCACAAGUUUGUGGGCAAGGAGCCCAGCGGCCUGCGCUACAACAAGCUCUCCCUCAAUGAGGAAGGAAUUCCCCAUAACCCCAUGGUCAAUGCCGGUGCCAUUGUCGUCAGCUCCCUGAUCAAGAUGGACUGUAACAAAGCAGAGAAGUUUGAUUUCGUGCUGCAGUAUCUGAACAAAAUGGCGGGGAAUGAAUACAUGGGUUUCAGCAAUGCCACAUUCCAGUCAGAGAAGGAAACAGGGGAUCGAAAUUACGCCAUUGGCUAUUAUCUCAAGGAAAAGAAGUGCUUUCCUAAGGGGGUGGACAUGAUGGCUGCCCUUGAUCUCUACUUUCAGCUGUGCUCUGUGGAGGUCACCUGUGAAUCAGGCAGUGUCAUAGCAGCCACCCUCGCCAAUGGAGGGAUCUGCCCCAUCACGGGCGAGAGCGUGCUAAGUGCUGAAGCAGUACGGAACACCCUGAGCCUCAUGCAUUCCUGUGGCAUGUACGACUUCUCUGGGCAGUUUGCCUUCCACGUGGGCCUGCCAGCCAAGUCAGCUGUGUCAGGAGCCAUACUCCUAGUGGUACCCAACGUCAUGGGAAUGAUGUGCCUGUCACCUCCACUGGACAAGCUGGGGAACAGUCAGAGGGGCAUCAGCUUCUGCCAGAAGUUGGUGUCUCUCUUCAAUUUCCACAACUAUGACAACCUGCGGCACUGUGCUCGGAAGUUAGACCCACGGCGUGAAGGGGGAGAAGUUCGGAAUAAGACUGUGGUGAACCUGUUAUUUGCUGCCUAUAGUGGAGAUGUCUCAGCUCUUCGAAGAUUUGCCUUGUCAGCCAUGGAUAUGGAGCAGAAAGACUAUGACUCACGCACAGCUCUGCAUGUUGCUGCAGCCGAAGGACACACUGAAGUUGUUAAAUUCCUGAUUGAGGCUUGCAAAGUGAAUCCUUUUGUCAAGGACAGGUGGGGCAACAUUCCCUUGGAUGAUGCUGUGCAGUUCAACCACCUGGAGGUGGUCAAACUGCUCCAAGAUUACCAGGACUCCUACACACUCUCUGAGACUCAGGCUGAGGCCUUGUCCAAAGAAAACUUGGAGAGCAUGGUGUGAGCGCUGGCUGUGGAUAGUCCAAAAAUGCUAAGGAAAGCUAUACUGCUUCAGUGGAGACCAAGAAAGUCAUUUGGUGACUUAGGCUAUUGCUUUCUGUGAGAGUAAAUAUCCCUUUCCCUCAGCAGAGUACAGAGAAGGGCCUCUGGAUACCUGCAGUAGAGCUAUCCACAGAGACCAUGGGCUUCUUCAAGGUACCACAAAGGCUUGGCCCACUCAAAACCAUCCCAAGUCUUCACUCAAGUCCCCUCUUUCUUUCCCUGAAGAAGCCAUUAUGAGAACUACUCUGGUAGAGGGCCUCUAGCUACCAUGCACAUGUAUAUAUCCACAGAGUAAAGGAAGAGUGGGGAUUCUUUUAUAGUUCAUGAGCAUGAUGAUUGAGUGUUCAUGCACAUGUGUGAGAUGUGCUUCCCUCAAACUAUGUUAUGACAUAGGCACAUUACCUAUGUGACAUUUAAAAAUAUAUAGUUUGGAGAGAUAAGCUCCCCUUCGCCAGGACAUACUACUGCUACUGUCAACAGCAAUUGUAUAGACAGAGAAAGUAUUUUGUGUUCAAAUAAACUUUAAUUACACAAAUUAUUUUUGUUAAACCCACUACUUCUCUUUCUCCCCUAGGGAUAUCCAGCUUCAUCACCAUCACAGAAGGUAGAAUAAGAUGGAACCACAAGGUCAGAUAGCCCAAACAAUACAUAUUUCACACACUUACCCCACCAGGUUUUUCUCAACCCCAAAUACUGCUUUAGGUUAAGUGUAUUCUACUGCUAAAGGGAGUGGAAGUUUGUCUCAACAGGCCCCAAAUUGGAUUGUGCAAGACCUCAGUCCUUCCUACUUCCUCAGGAAGUUUCCACUGUGGCAGAAAUGAAGAUGAAACUUCUCAAGAAUAAACAGUUUCUAGCCAUUAAUCCCCUAGAUAUCCCCCAAGUGUCUCUUCUCCUUUGGGCACAAUCAUAACUGUGACAGAUUGGCUGGGUGUCACAAGUGUACAGAUUAAACUAGAUGGACUCAGGGUGAGGGUGGCUGCAGCUAUGU